UCACACGCGAGACGGACGGAGGAACAGGAACGCCCACGGCCGAUCAGUCGCCGCUCCCUUCGCAAACAAAGUGGUUCCUCGCCGUUCGUGUUGCGAGCGUGUCGCUUGCUAACUCGGCAGCCGAAUGCGUGGUCUUACACAACGGGACGUCAGGGCUGAAUCCUUUAUUUCGGUAUCGCCCUGGUGCCACGUGGUGGCUGUCAAACGUCGACCCGAAUCGCCUUCAAACGUUGGUGUAGACACGCACACGGGCGACUUAAAUCCGACUGCGAGCGAUCUUCUGGCACCGAAGGAAUCCGCCGGCCCGAGGAUCGUUGAGGGUACCUGCGUCCUCUACCCGUAGCCGCCGAGAUGGCGGGGAAAGGGAAGGAGAGCGACGGAUUUGACCUGACGCCAACCUUCAUUCCCGAGCGAGGUAGCAUCAAGAAUGGCUUCCACAACGCGGGCUUCGAGCGAGACGUGGCAGAGGAGGUCACGAAGAAGGCGGAGAAAGACAAGAAGGACAAGAGGCCAAAGGGGGCAGUAGGCGUACUGGAAGUGUUCCGGUUCGCCGACGGCCUGGACGUGGCCCUCAUGAUCGUGGGCCUCGUGUCUUCGAUGGCUCACGGAGGAGCCCUCCCCAUCAUGAUCAUCGUGUUCGGCCAAAUGACCGACAGCUUCGUCCGCAGCGGCAUCAACGCCACGGUUCCCGGGGGCGCCAACGGCACCAACGUCACCGUCCCGUCGGCGAACCUCAGCGCCACCGACAUGGGCGACUUGCUGCAGUCCGAGAUGUCGAAGUACGCGUGGUACUACGUGGCCAUCGGCUGCGCCGUGCUGGUGUCCGCGACGCUGCAGGUGUCGUGCUGGAUGCUAGCGGCGGCGCGCCAGUGCCACCGCAUCCGCCACCACUUCUUCCGCGCGAUCCUCCACCAGGAGAUGAGCUGGUUCGACACGACGCAGAUCGGCGAGCUGGGCUCGCGACUCACCGACGACAUCAACACCAUCAACGAUGGCAUCGGCGACAAGAUCAGCCUGUUCAUGCAGUUCUUCUCCUCCUUCAUCGUCGGCUUCAUCAUCGGCUUCGCCCACGGCUGGAAGCUCACGCUCGUCAUCCUCUCCGUGAGCCCGCUGCUCGCCAUCUGCGCCUCGAUGCUCGCCAAGCUGCUGGGCUCGCUGACGACAGCCGAACUGACCGCGUACGCCAAGGCUGGAGCCGUGGCCGAGGAGAUCCUGAUGGCCAUCAGGACGGUGGUGGCCUUCGGAGGUCAGCAGAAAGCCGUCGACAGGUACAACAAGAACCUGCACGACGCCAGCACGAUGGGCAUGAAGAAGGCCGUGGCCACCAACCUGUCGUUCGGACUCACGCAGUUCAUCAUCUUCGGCUCGUACGCCCUCGCCUUCUGGUACGGCACAAAGCUGGUGAUCGAAGAGCCCGAGAACUACACCAUCGGACGCGUGCUCAUCGUGUUUUUCUCCGUCCUCAUCGGCGCCUUCUCGCUGGGACAAGGAGCUCCUAACCUUGAGAGCUUUUCCAACGCCCGCGGUGCAGCGUUCACCGUCUUCCAGAUCAUAGACAAGCCCCGCCCCAUAGACAGUAGUUCUGCUGAUGGGUUCAAGCCGGAGCGGAUCAAAGGCGACAUCUCCUUCAGAAACAUCCACUUCUCUUACCCCUCCCGGCCUGACGUUCAGAUCCUCAAGGGGCUGAACCUGGAGGUGGAGAGCGGCAAGACGAUCGCCCUGGUGGGCAGCAGCGGCUGCGGCAAGAGCACCACCAUCCAGCUGCUGCAGAGGUUCUACGACCCCAGCGCCGGCGAGGUGCUGGUGGACGGUCGCGACGUGCGCUCGCUGGGCGUGCGCUGGCUGCGCGAGCACAUCGGCGUCGUGAGCCAGGAGCCCGUGCUCUUCGCCGCCACCAUCGGCGAGAACAUCCGGCACGGUCGCGAGGACGCCAGCGACGCCGACGUGGAGCGAGCGGCUCACGAGGCCAACGCCUUCGACUUCAUCUCGCGCCUGCCCGAGAAAUUCAAGACGAUGGUGGGCGAGCGCGGGGCACAGCUGUCGGGUGGACAGAAGCAGCGCAUCGCCAUCGCGCGCGCCCUCGUGCGCAACCCCAAGAUCCUGCUGCUGGACGAGGCCACGUCGGCGCUGGACACGGAGAGCGAGGCCAUCGUGCAGUCCGCCCUUGACAAGGCUCGCCAAGGCCGCACGACGAUCGUCAUCGCCCACCGGCUGUCGACGAUCCGCACGGCCGACGUCAUCGCCGGAUUCAACGACGGCGUCGUGGUGGAGCAGGGCACGCACGCCGAGCUCAUGGAGCGCCGGGGCAUCUACCACCUCCUCGUCACCCAGCAGACGCAGGGACAGGAUCCUGACGAGGCGGGCGCCGCGGAUUUAGACAACCUGGAGGACGACGACGACGACGACAACAACGAUGAUGAUGCGGUGGAGGACGAGGAGGAGGAGGAGGACAUCGUGUUGGAGGACGACGAGGUGGUGGCUGCCGGCUCGCACCACCCCGGGCAGGACUCGAACCACGGCGCGCUGGGCGACGCGGCGUCGCUGGCGGGGGCGUCGCACCGCGACGGCACGAGCUCUCGACGCUCUCAGCGGACGGCGAAGAUGAGCCGGGCGGAGAAGAGGAGGAGGAAGAAGAAGAGGAAGGCGGAGCAGGGCGAGAAAGCCAAGAGCAAGAAGGAGCUGGAGAAGGAGGAGGAGGCCGAGCUUCCAGUGGUGAAGUACUCCCAGAUCUUGGCGAUGAACCGCCCGGAGUGGCACUUCCUGGUGAUUGGCGUCGUGGCGGCGAUCGUGAGCGGCGGGGUGCAGCCGGCGUUCGCCGUCUUUUUUGCCAAAAUCAUCGGGGUGUUUAACGAGCCAGACCCGCAGGUCAAGAGCACCAAGACCAUCACCUACUCGCUCAUCUUCCUCCUCCUCGGUGCCAUCAGCUUCGUCUCGUACUUCCUGCAGGGCGUGAUGUUCGGCAAGGCCGGCGAGAUUCUCACCAUGCGAGUGCGCGGCCUCCUUUUCAAGGCCAUUCUGCGACAGGACAUCUCCUGGUUUGACGAUCACAAGAACGCCGUGGGGGUGCUGACCACACGUCUGGCGACGGAUGCCUCGCAAAUCAAGGGGGCUACGGGGGCUCGCCUGGGCCUGUCUGCGCAGACACUCGCAAGCCUGGCGACGGGCGUCACCAUCGCGUUCGUCUUCGGCUGGCAGCUGUGCCUGCUCAUCCUCGCACUGCUGCCCAUCAUCGCCAUCUCCACCGUCAUCCGCUUCCGCGCCGUGGGCGGCCACGCCAACAAAGACAACGCGGCGCUGGAGAAUUCCGGCAGGAUCAGCACAGAGGCAGUGGAGAACAUCCGUACGGUGGUGGGGCUCUGCCGAGAGGAUGCCUUCUUCCAGAGCUUUGUGAACAGCUUGGAGGAUGUGCACAAGAAGAGCUUGCGCCAGGCCCCGCUCUCCGGCCUCACGUACGGCGUCUCCCAGAUGAUGCUCUACUUCAUCUACGCCGUCACCUUCCGCUUCGGCGCCUGGCUUGUCGCCCACCAGUACAUGACGUUCGAGAAUGUCUUCCUGGUCUUCUCGGCCAUCGUCUUCUCGGCGAUGUCAGUGGGCCAGACGAGCUCCUUCGCGCCCGACUUCGCCAAGGCGCAGAUGUCGGCGCGGCGAGUCUUUGCGCUGUUGGCGCAGGUGCCCUCCAUCGACAGCUACAGCGAGGCCGGGGUGGCGCCGGCAGGGGGCGCCCAUGGGCGCGUCGAGUUCCGCGACGUGCGCUUCCGCUACCCGACGCGGCCUGGCGUGCCCGUCCUGCAGGGCCUCAGCAUUGCCGUGGAGCCCGGCCAGACGCUGGCGCUCGUCGGCAGCAGCGGCUGCGGCAAGAGCACCACGGUGCAACUCCUCGAGCGCUUCUACGACCCCGCCGACGGCGUUGUGCUGCUGGAUGGAGAGGAGCUGCGCAGUCUGAGGAUCAGCUGGCUGCGACAACAGAUGGGUAUCGUGUCGCAGGAGCCCAUCCUCUUCGACUGCAGCAUCAGCGAAAACAUCGCCUACGGGGACAACGGCCGCAGCGUGAGCCACGACGAGAUGCUGGCGGCCGCCCAGGCGGCCAACAUCCACAACUUCAUCGAAGAGCUGCCCGACAAAUACAACACGCGCGUCGGCGACAAGGGGGCGCAGCUGUCGGGCGGACAGAAGCAGCGCAUCGCCAUCGCGCGCGCCCUCGUGCGCAACCCCAAGAUCCUGCUGCUGGAUGAGGCCACGUCGGCGCUGGACACGGAGAGCGAGAAGAUCGUGCAGCAGGCCCUGGACCGGGCCCGCGAAGGCCGGACCUGCAUCGUCAUUGCCCACCGCCUCUCCACCAUCCAGAACGCCGACAUCAUAGCCGUCAUCCAGCAGGGCCGUGUCGUCGAGGUCGGCACGCACACCGAGCUUCUGGCACGGCAGGGCGCCUACCAUGCUCUCGUCAACGCCCAGGUCGCCCACCACUAGCACUCCAUCCUCUGUGGUGGAGGCAUUCAUCGAUUAGACCUGCCCAACCGUUCAUUCUUCCAAAAUUGGUGCGAUUUCUGGAGGUGGGUUAAAACCGGGAUCGAAGUCAGCUUAUUUUUAGGUGGGGGAUGGGAGACCAUUGCAAGUGGCAGUACAGCAAUGGAUUUGUGACUACAUCUGCGCCGAGUUUAUGGUUGUCCCCUUGAAUGCAUGGUGGCUUUGGUCCAGCUUAAUCCCAAUUAACGCCAAACUCUUGGUAAAAAAAAAAAAUGGGACUGGUCAGACAGCCCAAUGCAGGACCCUCCUGAAAAAGAGUCUUGACUCGGCGAGGCUGUCUUGGGAUUAUAAAUGGAAUUACUUUGAGAAGUAGGAUGGGUUGCAUCAAACCUUUUAAAAAAGGGAUUUACACGCCAUCCCUGACAGAGGCACGCAAAAUAUGCCUGCACUAGGCCAGGCCCGUACGGGCCUAAUAAAGGCGUGUACACACAUGGACAUGUAUAUUAUGCACACACUUAUAUGAACCUGUAUAUAUGCACAACACGCUUUACACACAACACACUUCGGGCUGUAAAUAACCUUAACACCACCUGAACUGGGGGAGUUUCCCCAGGAUCGUCCUCUUGUUGGAGGCGGUGGUAGCUGCUGCUCUGGGAUUUUUGCAAGUUGGAGGGGCGGGCGGGAAAGCCACUGGGAAACAGUUCCCAAUGGUUACAACCUCCCCCCCUCCUGGUCGACAGAUAGCUCUGCUGCACAUGCAGUCUACAAGCAUAUUGCUGCUCUUAAAAGGAUUAGUCAUUGUGCUUGCUGCACACCCCCCCCCCCCGCCUCUUAAUUGCACAACCCCUAACACAACUCAAACCAGCCCAACCCCCCUUGGCCACAGGAUUGGGCCUAAACAAAGGGGCGGGGCCUAAAAAGGAAAGGCACAGAGCUAAAAUAGGGAAGGAACAGGGCCAAAUCUAAGGGUGGGAGGAGGUAUACAGAGGCAGGAGGCAAGGGCCUAAAGAGUUAAGGCAAGGCCUAUGGAGGUUGAACUUCCCUGGGUCGAUUUUAAAAGGGAAUUUUUUUUAAAACAACGGUUUUGUUAACAACUUGGUUUAACUCGCGGUCGAGGUACGUCAAUGGCGCCUGAGACACGCGGCGCCUGCGUUUUGUGCGAGCCAAUUCCACAGUUUAGGGACCACGGCAUUUGUGACCUACACAAAUGUAUAUAAAUAAUAAGGCGUCCAUACAAAAUGUGAAUUGCUUUAAAGUAGCGAUUUAAUUGGUGCCGAUUUUGAUACAGGCAUGUAUGGUCACCAGAUCUGAGUACGUGUGCAAAAAUGUGGAAUUGAUUGGACAACAGGAAGUGGACGCAAUUUUGGUGACAAGGUUUGACCACGACAAACAGAAGAAUCAAGUAAAACCGUUGAAAAAGCAUCGAAUCCGACGACGUGCAGCAGCAAAUGUCUUUACGUGCCACGGAGGCGGCCACAGGCCCAGCUAGUUGUACCCAAGCCUACGCACCUACCGGCUGCCGACUCGGUGCGGAGCCCGCUGCUCGCGUAUUUAAAGUUCUCUUAUUAAGAACAAUCGGCAUCAUAUGAAAAAGGUGGUGCCGCAAAGCAUGGAAUUGUAUCGCAUCCCCCUUCUCUAUGAGACAGCGUUGCCACCCCCCCCCACCCCCCCCGUACAGAAACGUGCGGGUCUUCGCCGGGUGUGCUCCUGGCAGGUUUCUUCCCCCAAAAUUCUCGUAAACAAAAUUGGCUUUAAUAUAUAUAGAGGACUGCAGAACUUAGGCACCCGUUGGUACCACUGGAUAAGCACUGCGCCUGGCUGCUGUUGCCUUCCCACGCAUCUGUGGUUGCUCCAUGGCAACUGGGAGAUGCAAUUUGCACGCAGUGUAUAUGAAGUUAAAAACAUUCAACCCCUUUCUUUGGGGGGGGGGGGGGGGAGGGAAAGGUGAGGAGAAACGCAAAUGCGAAAAAAAUACCCUGCAGUCGUUUGUCCAACGUCGUGGGUGGGACCAUGCAGCGCAACAACAGCGCGGCGUUACAGCGGACAUAGCGCAAACGGCCAUGUCACCUUGCCAUGGCAGAGAUUCAGGUUACGUUUUUGCUGUAGAACACCGCCUUAGUGCACGGCGGUGGCGAGACGUCAACUACCUCACCUGGUGUGCAGGAGGUCGUGGGCGAGAACCCAAACCCCAAAGCCUGUAUAUUUGGAAUUUGCACGGGUCUCCCCGUGGACGUGUGGCUUUUGUGCAGGUCCCUCCAAUUUACCCCCCUGCCCCCCCCCGCCCCCCAACGUGUUAGUUUUGUUUUCGCAACAAAAAGUUCUCCGAACAGAAGCUGCAGGUCCUUGACCCCCCCCCCCCCCUCCACCCUCCACAAGCUCAUUAGAAGAGUAUCAAAAGGUGGUGGCGCUGGCUCAUUUCUUUGUAUUGAUAAACUCCCGAAUUAAAUGACGGAAGAGGUAAAAUGAGAUGGUGAUAGUGUGGGAUUUGUUACGCGAGAUGACGAUACCGUCGAGCCAAUGGCCUGGCUAUUUUGCACGCGAGACCCAUGGUUGCCGUGAGCUCGGCAGUGACUAAAAGACGCCAAACGUCAACAUUAAAAAAACGGUGUUUUUGCUUAGAUUGCACAAGUGUGAAUGUGUCGUAACCCUCCACCACCCGACAUAACCAGUAAGGUUUGUCCGGUAAACAACGCGUCGAUUAGUUACGACUUCAGCCCACCCGUUUGUUGGAGAGUAAAUCCAUGACAACAUUUACAAUGAGUGCCGUGACGUUUCACCGGUGAUGACAGCAGGCAGCAUCAUCGGGCGAUUUUUGCCAGAAGAGUGAAGCAAUCCACCUGCUUCCGGUCUUAAAUAGAGCAAGACGACAUGGCAGAGGACGAUUACCAGCAGGGUACUCGAGGAAUAUUGCAAGACUACCCAAAGCAUUUUGAAAACGGCCGCGAACAAAAAAAAA